AAUAACCACCUUGUGUUCCUGGCCGAGCUGUUCUAUUGGUUUGAGGUGGUGAAGCCCACCUUUGUACAACCAAGAGUUCUGGACACUGAAGGUAAGACAGGGGAAAUCGUUUUUUAUGUAACCCCAGAACAGUUUUUUUUUUUUUUUUGGGGGGGGGGGGGCAAACCUUCAGACAUCCCAGUGAAAGAAUUCCUGCUCUACGGAUUGGUUUCAGUGAGAGUUAUGUGUUUAUGUUUUCAGAGCCAGCCCUCACAUCGUUGAGGAACAUGCCCUCUGUUCCCAUCUCCAAUGUCACCAAGAAGAGCUUCAUGGAGAGACCGUCCAGCCCAGAACCACCCAGGUACUAUUUGUUAUUCAUUAAUGGUCCAGUGUGGUUCAGUUGGUAUGUUUGAUUCCCACUCGGGGCACCCAGAAGAAAAUGUAGGCACGCACUACACUCUCAAGUUGCUAUCUAGAACCUAAAAGGGUUCUUUGGCUGUCCCAAUAGGAUAACCAUUUGAAGAAACCUGUUUGGUUUUAGGUAGAACCCUUUUGGUUCUAGGUAGAACCCUUUUGGUUCUAGGUAGAACCCUUUUGGUUGCAGGUAGAACCCUUUUGAGUUCCACAUCACUAAGUACCUAUCAUGGUCCAAACACACCAAGACAAUCGUUAAGAGGGCACGACAACACCUAUUCAAAUCAUAUCAAAUGUUAUUGGUCGCAUACACAUGUUUAGCAGAUGUUAUUGCGGGUGUAGCGAAAUGCUUGUGUUCCUAGCUCCAACAGUGCAGUAACCGUCAGGAGGCCGAAAAUGUUUGGACCUCUAUACCAGGCGGUGUCAGAGGAAUGCCCUAAAAAUUGUCAAGACUCCAGCCAACCAAGUCAUAACUGUUCUCUCUGCUACCGCACAGCAAGCGGUACCGGAGCGCCAAGUCUGGGAACAAAAGGCUCCUGCACACACACAUGCAUAUUGAUGCCACACACAAGUACAUUCACAUUCCUUCACACUCUUCACAUACGCUGCUGCUACUCUCUGUUUAUUAUCUAUGCAUAGUCACUUUACCCCUACCAACAUGUACAAAUUACCUCGACUAACCUAUACCCCUGCACAUUGACUCGGUUCCGGUACUCCUUGUAUAUAGCCUCGUUAUUGUUAUUUUAUUGUGUUACUAUUUUUCCUUUAGUAUAGCAAAUUUGUCUUACUUUUAAAAAAGUUGCAUUGUUAGUUAACCUGUUGUAUUCGAAGCAUGUGACAAAUAACAUUUGAUUUGAUGUAGAACCCUUUCCACAGAGGGUUCUACAUGGAGCCCAAAAUAGUUCUACCUUGAACCAAAAAGGUUCUACCUGGAACCAAAAAGGCUUCUCCUAUGGGGACAGCCGAAGAACCCCUUUUGGAACCCUUUUUUCAAAGAGUGUACUGUAAGUCGCUUUGGAUAAAAGUGUCUGCUAAAUGGCAUAUACAGUAUACACUAGAAAUUGAGCUCAGGUGCAUCCUGUUUCCAUUGAUCAUCCUUGAGAUGUUUCUACAACUUGAUUGGAGUCCACCUGUGGUACAUUCAAUUGAUUGGACAUGAUUUGGAAAGGCACACACCUGUCUAUAUAAGGUCCCACAGUUGACAGUGCAUGUCAGAGCAAAAACCAAGCCAUGAGGUCGAAGGAAUUGUCCGUAGAGCUCCAAGACAGGAUUGUGUCGAGGCACAGAUCUGGGGAAGGGUACCAAAACAUUUCUGCAGCAUUGAAGGUCCUCAAGAACACAGUGGCCUCCAUCAUUCUUAAAUGGAAGAAGUUUGGAACCACCAAGACUCUUCCUAGAGCUGGCCGCCCGGCCAAACUGAGCAACCGGGGGAGAAGGGCCUUGGUCAGGGAGGUGACCAAAAGACAUCUAAAGGACUCUCAGACCAUGAGAAACAAGAUUCUCUGGUCUGAUGAAACCAAGAUUGAACUCUUUAGCCUGAAUGCCAAGCGUCACGUCUGGAGGAAACCUGGCACCAUCCCUACGGUGAAGCAUGGUGGGGGGAUAUUUUUCAGCGGCAGGGACUGUGAGACUAGUCAGGAUCUAGGCAAAGAUGAAUGGAGCAAUGUACAGAGAGAUCCUUGAUGAAAACCUGCUCCAGAGUGCUCAUGACCUCAGACUGGGGUGAAGGUUCACCUUCCAACAGGACAACGACCCUAAGCACACAGCCAAGACAACGCAGGAGUGGCUUCGGGACAAGUCUCUGAAUGUCCUUGAGUGGCCCAGCCGGAGCCCGGACUUGAACCCGAUCAAACAUCUCUGGAGAGACCUGAAAAUAGCUGUGAAGCAAUGCACCCCAUCCAACCUGACAGCGCUUGAGAGGAUCUGCAGGGAAGAAUGGGAGAAACUCCCCAAAUAUAGGUGUGCCAAGCUUGUAGCGUCAUACCCAAGAAGCCUCAAGGUUGUAAUCGCUGCCAAAGGUGCUUCAACAAAGUACUGAGUAAAGGGUCUGAAUACAUACGUAAAUGUGUUAUUCAGUUUUUUUUUUUUUAUAAAUGUGCAAAGAUUUCUAAAACCAGUUUUUGCUUUGUCAUUAUGGGGUAUUGUGUGUAGUUUGAUGAAGGGAAAAAGCUAUUUAAUCAAUUUUACAAUAAGGCUGUAACGUAACAAAAUGUGGAAAAAAAUCAAGGGGUCUGAAUACUUUCCGAAUGCACUGUAAACGCUACAUGCAACAAUUUCAAAGAUUUUACUGAGUUACAGUUCAUAUAAGGAAAUCAGUCAAUUGAAAUAAAUAAAUUAGUCCCUAAUCUAUGGAUUUCACAUGACUGGGCAGGAGCGCAGCCAUGGGUGGGCCUGGGAGGGCAUAGGCCCACCCACUGGGGAGCCAGGCCCAGCCAAUCAGAAUGAGUUUUUCCCCACAAAAGGGCUUUAACAGAUAGAAAUAUUCCUCCGUUUCAUCAGCGGUCCGGGUGGCUGGUCUCAGAUGAUCCCACAGGUGAAGAAGCCGGAUGUGGUCUUGGGCUGGCGUGGUUACACGUGGUCUGCGGUUGUGAGGCUGGUUGGACGUACUGACAAAUUCUCUAAAACGACAUUGCCGCCUCGGCUUAUGGUAGAGAAAUGAACAUUCAAUUCUCUGGCAACAGCUUUGGUGGACAUUCCUGCAGUCAGCAUUCCAAUUGCACACUCCCUCAUCUGUGAGACAUCUGUGGCAUUGUGUUGUGUGACAAAACUGCACAUUUUAGAGUGGCCUUUUAUUAUCCCCAGAACAAGGUGCACCUGUGUAAUGAUCAUGCUGUUUAAUCAGCUUCUUGAUAUGCCACACCUGUCAGGUGAAUGGAUUAUCUUGGCAAAGGAGAAAUGCUCACUAACAGGGAUCUAAACAAAUUUGUGCUCAAAUUUUGAGAGAAAUAAGCUUUUUGUGCAUAUGGAACAUUUCUGGGAUCUUUUAUUUCAGCUCAUGAAACAUGGGACCAACAGUUAUAUAUAUAUAUAUAUAUAUAUAUAUAUAUAUAUAUAUAUAUAUGACCUCACCUAAGUAAAAGUAUGUGGGCUACUGCUGUUCUAUUGCAGUCAUUAGGUCAUUAUUGUAAAAGACAAUGUGUUCUUCAUAUUGUUCUUCAUAUAUAUAUAUACACACAUUUAUUUAUGACCAUCAUUUAACCAGGUACAUUUAUUUAUGACCAUAAUUUAACCAGGUUGGUUAUUGAGAAGUCUUGUCUCUCUGGCCAGACCCACGGUGCGCUGCACGCUCCACUGUGAAAAGAGACUAGUCAAUAUGAAGAACACAUUGUCUUUUACAAUAAUGACCUAAUGACUGCAAUAGAACAGCAGUAGCCCACAUACUUUUACUUAGGUGAGGUCAGUUCAGUACAGUUCAAUAUAGUACAGUUCAGUCCAGUUCAGUACAGUUCAAUAUAGUACAGUUCAGUCCAGUUCAGUACAGUUCAAUAUAGUCCAGUUCAGUCCAGUUCAAUAUAGUUCAGUUCAGUCCAGUUCAGUACAGUUCAAUAUAGUUCAGUUCAGUACAGUUCAAUAUAGUCCAGUUGAGUCCAGUUCAGUACAGUUCAAUAUAGUCCAGUUCAGUCCAGUUCAGUACAGUUCAAUAUAGUACAGUUCAAUAUAGUACAGUUCAGUCCAGUUCAGUACAGUUCAAUAUAGCCCAGUUCAGUCCAGUUCAGUCCAGUUCAAUAUAGUCCAGUUCAGUUCAGUCCAGUUCAGUGUGCCCUAG